GAUUCUCUUUCCUUUCGACUCGAGAGAUUUGGUAGGAAAGGAAGAAGAACCGAUAGGAGGAGGAGAGAGAGAGAGAGAGAGAGGGGUUAGAGAGAGAAAGCCCAAACGAAAAAAAAAUCCCACGAUUCCACGCCAACGACGGUAUAAGAGUUUUUCUUUGCCCUUUCCUUUCCCUCUCCUCCAUCUUCCAAUCCUAAUCUUCUCCUCCACCACCACUUCUUCUCUUCCGAAUUUCGGGAAACCGCCGCCGCUGCUGCUUCAGCCAUGGAGAAGAAGAAUUCCGCAGCUUCUUAACGAUUCCUCUCCUCCCUUUCCCUUCUCUCUUCCCCUCUUCCUCCAGAAGAAGGCGAGAAAGGAGGCGAAACGCACCUAUCGAACCAGAAGAGGAGGGAAGGAAUUGGGAGAAAUCUCUCGCCCCCCGCCGGUCAGACGAGCUAUGGUUGCUACCGCUGCUGCCGCAGUCGCCGUCCAGGCUCAGGCUGCUGCUGGAUGCGUUCAUAUCGGCGACAACAAGGAGUCCCUGGUGGAUUCCUUCCUCGUCGAGGCCCUCCAGAAUCCGCGCCACCGUCUCACCAUUCUAAGGAUGGAGCUUGACAUCCAGAGAUUCCUACAGAACGCCGAACAACAGCAAUUUGAAUUCCAGCAUUUCCCUACGUCAUACCUCAGGCUUGCAGCACACAGGGUAGCCCAACACUAUGGGUUGGUCACCAUGGUACAGGACAAUGGAGUGGACGGACAACUGAAUAAGAUUGUGGUUAGAAAAACAGGAGAAAGCAGUAGAUGCCCUUCUGUCCGGUUAUCAGACAUUCCUGCUAAACAGUCUGACGGUGACCAACCAGAAAAGGUCAAGAUUGCUAUUAGGCCUCGACCUAACAAUGCUGCAAAUGGCUCUAAUGACUUCGGCCUCAAACGAAGCCCCGUGAGGAGUGUUGAAGAGAGGAAGGAGGAGUAUGAUAGAGCAAGGGCUCGUAUUUUCAGUUGCCCCAGUAGCCCAAGCUCGGAUGAUGUGAUGUCUCAAGGUCCUACGGACAAGAAAGUUAUAUCUUCAGUACAGGAUGAGUCUGAGGGUUGGAGGAACCCUCCAGUUGAUCCUAUCAACAUCAGGGAUGGUUCUUCGUCUCGGGUUGCCAUUUUCAGAGACAGGGAGAAGGAUCAUUUUGACCCAGAUUAUGACCGUAGUUACAUGAGGUAUGGUAGGGGUGCGCUUAAUAACCAGUGCUUCAACAUGUUGCCAUUUAACGUUCACAAGGUGCAGAUGCCCUACAUUCAGUACGAGACCGGUUUUCCCCAAUUGGUUCCGAUGGUGAGGAAUCAAGGUUCGCUUGGGUACGGACAUCCGGCUGCAAACCCAGUUUUGAACCCCUACUGUGCUGUUGGGGCAAACCAAAUGGCACCGGACGCAGCAGCAUAUGCUCAGUGGCCAAGUGCAUCUAUGAUGUAUGCACAUUCCUAUGACCAGUUUAGGCACGCAGUUUUCCCGGCUCCAUUCUGUCAGCAGCCACUGACGUUCGAUUACAGUCAAAACCAUUAAAAUGACAGCAGAUCCUAGGUUUGUAAUUGUAUCGCCAAUUAGUAAUAUGUACUCGUCGAAAACUUUCUCUGUUUAGUAAAAAGAACUGCAGCAGUCGGGUUGCUCGGUUGCGUACCUUCUGUUAUCGUUGCUUUUUUCUCUCUUCGUUCCUCUUCCGAUGACUUGAAAAUUGUAGUAAAAGGACUGUAACCGUGUCUGUCACAUCUAUGGUUCUGCAUCGCGUACCUCUGUUUUCUUACUACUAGUACGCAGGCUUGUGUUUGUUCAAAUGGUGUCGCCGUUUUAACCUACUGUUCUCGCCAGGUCUCGCUAUGCAUCGUAAAUCGUUAGUCUCGUCGGUUUAAUCUCUUCCUACUGAUUUUCGGGUUUAUAAGCAGCAAGUACUAAUAAUUAGUGAUUGUGGCGUGCUUGUGUUCAAUGAUGUUUUCUUGAUUUGUUAAUGACGACUUGAUUGAAUGAUUUGACUUUUCUUAGAUUGCUGUUUUUUUGCCCUUUGGGGUUAGGGCGAUGGUGCCAGUCUGGCAAAGGGCACAUCCUGUUUCCUUCCUGUCUUUUCUCGGACUUGUUUAUAUUUAGGCGUCCAAUUAGCUGUUGGUGGAUCUAGUGAUCCUACUUUUUUAAGCUUUUGUUUCUUUCUGUUUUGUGGUGGCAUGUGAAUUGCCUACUAAUUUUUUUUUUCUCCCGCCCAUGUCGUUGGUUGUUGUAUCUUCUGCCGUUUUUGUUGAAGUUAAGGGCCAUACCGAAUCAUUUUGUGCUACAUGUGGCCAGAGUAUAUCCAAUUUUUGUAGUGCUCGCGCUGAUUUCGUAAAUACGUGCUCAUGUAUGUCAAUGAUUUGCGUGUAUUUCGUGAUUUGUAGUCGUCGUGUGUAUUAAAGAAGAGUAUGUUCCACUACGAAUAGAUUUCGUCCACAUAGAUUGGAUAGAGACUUUCAUCGUUCUUAUGUGGAUUACCAUGCCCUUUCUGUUUCAUAGGAGGGAAAUUCCGGGAAAGAGCUUUAUUUGAAGUUUUACUUAACGGUAACCCUCAUCAACAUGAGUAUGUAUGACAAUAUCACAACAUUUGUACCGCGAACGAGGAAAAGCCCGUCGUUCCUCGCAUCAUUUUGCAUUUUCUUCUUAGCAAUAGAUAGCUACCGAGAACGGAACAUCAGGAGGCCAUCUGAGUUCAAAUACGAUCUUGAUCCUCUUCAUCGAAGGCUUAAUAUCUUAUCUAUCACUUGAUUAGUUUCUCGAUCACGGUUAUAUGCCUCUUUUUUUUCUUUCUUUUUUCAAUAUGUAUCACCCGAUUUUACAUUUUGUGCACUAUUUAUUUCCUCCACUGCCCCACCUAACCUUGGUUGAAGAUCAAAUAUAGGGCCUCUACGUGAUAAAGCUUUUGGGACAAGAAUUGAGGCCCUGGGGGGCUAUCUCUCAAGACAUCCAUUAUUGCCUAUAUGAAGUCAGAGUUAAAAUGACUGCAAUGUGCAAUCCCUCUUUUCUUUCUCCUUUUUUGGGGACCAAAGUUGUGGAGUUAUUUGAGGAGGGAAUCUAACUUUUUUACCCGUAUGACAAGCUAUCUACUUCUUCCUCCACUUUCUUGAUGUGCAAUCUGUGAUUUUCGUAGGCUAUAAUAAAUAAUAUUAAAAAAAGAAUCCACAAAUCAAUCGAGAACUCCCCCAAAACAAGAAAUAGUGGGGGAAAAAAAGAAUUAAACAAGUC